GCACGUCAAUUAAAGGACAGUAGACUUGGUAAAAAGUUCAAAACUAUGAAUUCCACUUCAGAAGCAAUAAUUAAGACCAGUCAAGCUUACUUUUUAGACUUCAACGACAAAGUAACGCUUGAAGAACUCGUUCAAUGGUUACCAACCAGAAAUGUUCAAACCACCUUGGAGAACCUAAAGACUUUGUUAAGUGAACGCACGGAUCUUUUCGAGAUCUCCGACAAAGGUUACAACAACCAAGUCAUGGUUCGACUUAAAAAAGUGGAUCAGUAUUGUGGAAGCGACGGGAGUGUAGAAAGUAGCGUUAAUGCAUCCAAGUAUAGAAAUGCGAGUGAAAUCAGUCUGGGUAGCGACCUAUCUGAGGAUGAAACAUCUGAUGUCGUUUCUAUUGCGAGGACCAGUAAGAGUAUUACAAGUUCAAGCAUUGCUACUCUUCGAGAUGAUGGUGGUAAAAUCAAUGGUGGCGUAAUUGUAUCAAUUGAGUCUAUUAAUAAAGGAUCCCCGCCAAAAUCCACGAUUUCCGAUGUCGACACGAAUAUCAUCAAGUUUGCGCGAAAAUAUUUGGAAAAUCAUCAAGCAGAUUCGGUGUUUGAAUUAGGACGUUAUCUGAAAUUACAAGGAUUUCAAUUUGAGUCAGAGAAAAACAAGGCAGUCGGAAAUGACAACGGGAAGAGAACUCUCAAGGAAUUCCUGCUUGCAUAUAGUAGUAUAUUUCAAGUAUUCAAUCAGAAAGGUAUUACAAGUGUAAGGCUAGUAAAAGUUUCUACCACGAAAGCAGGUAACAGCAAACUCGCUAGUCGCAUGAAAUUGACAGAAAAUCUUGUCAAAGAUUAUAUAUCAAAGAACGGUACUCAAAAGGGAGCAUCGCUCAAAGAAUUAAUUGUUCAUCUUCGAGAAUUUCAAGAGAAAACAAUUACAGACGAACUCGCCGAAUUUCUCAAAAAUUGCUCAGAGACUUUUGAAUGUGACAUGGACGAAGAGGGGUGUUACGUGCGAAUAUUACCGCACAUCAUCCAAUCGUUGACACAAAAGGAAAACAGACCUUUUGGUAGAUUUCGUACGUCAAAGACUUUCGUCCUGAUGCUUAUUCGAGAGUGUGUUAUGAAACUGGGAAUAGCUACGUAUUCGGAAUUAGAAAAACAUGUUCACAGCUAUUUAUCGAAUCAGCAAGUAGAUGUUUUUAGUUCUCUUCAACGGCAUAAAGAUGAGUUCUUAUUCAAGGAUGUUAACAAAGAACCAUUUAUACGACUCAAAUCGUGUGAUGCAAACAUUAUCUGUCAUAUUCGACGAUACUUGAUGGAGCUUCGUAUAGUGAAAGUUCCGCAGUUACAAGAAUAUUUGAAGAGUAUGGACAUGUUACCGCUGAUAUCGCUUGAAGAGUUUAUAAAUCGAUACGCCACCGAAUACAAAUUCAACUUCAAAACUGAAUGUGGCGUUCAAUUUCUUAGUUCUCAAAGCAUCGAUAUCGUGCGAAAAUGUCGUAGUUACUUAUGGGAUAAGCGGGAUAAGCGGGAUAAAAGGAUGUCAGUUGUUGGUGACUACUUGAAGCGUCCCAAUAAUCAAAUAAAACUUGCAGAUCUUUUAGAGAGGUUUCCUGAUUUUCAAUUAACGCAGGGUGCAAAUGAUGUUUUUGUGGAGUACAAACCUUUCCCACCUGAUCAACCACCAGCUGAUUUU